UCCAAUUCCAAAUGUGAGACAUUCCUCCUCGGUAUAUAUUACCGUUCUUACUCGCAAAUACUCACAAUUCAAUUCCACACGAUCACAAACUUCCUUGUAAGAAUCAACCUCAAGCUUAUCCUUCUAUCUCUUCCUCUCUACCUAGCUUAACGAGAAGAAUCAAUGGGAUCCGAAGCUCUAGUUCAUGUUUUCCUUGUCUCUUUCCCAGGCCAAGGCCAUGUUAACCCUCUACUCAGGCUUGGCAAGCGCCUUGCUGCAAAGGGUUUGCUUGUAACUUUCUCCACCCCCGAAAGCAUUGGCAAACAGAUGAGAAAAGCCAGCAACAUCACCGACGAGCCUGCCCCGGUCGGUGAAGGCUUCAUCCGCUUUGAAUUCUUCGAAGACGGUUGGGACGAGGAUGAGCCAAGGCGCCAAGACUUGGAUCAAUACUUGCCUCAACUGGAGCUCAUUGGCAAAGAUAUCAUCCCUAAGAUGAUCAGGAAAAACGCUGAAAUGGGACGCCCUGUCUCGUGCCUAAUCAACAACCCUUUUAUCCCUUGGGUUUCUGAUGUUGCUGAGAGUCUUGGCCUUCCUUCAGCUAUGCUUUGGGUCCAAUCUUGCGCUUGCUUCUGCGCCUAUUACCACUACUACCACGGUUUAGUUCCUUUCCCUUCUGAAGCUGAACCCUUUAUUGAUAUCCAAUUGCCAUGUAUGCCACUUUUGAAGUACGAUGAAACUCCAAGCUUCUUGUACCCCACCACUCCUUACCCCUUUUUGAGGAGGGCUAUUUUGGGACAAUACGGGAACUUGGACAAGCCCUUUUGCAUUUUGAUGGACACGUUUCAAGAGCUCGAGCAAGAUGUCAUCGAGUUCAUGUCCAAGAUUUGCCCAAUCAAAACCGUCGGUCCACUUUUCAAGAACCCAAAAGCACCAAACAGCGUCCGUGGUGACUUCAUGAAGGCUGAUGAUUGUUUGGAGUGGCUUGACUCAAAGCCACCCCAAUCUGUUGUGUACAUCUCAUUUGGAAGUGUGGUGUACUUGACACAGGAGCAAGUCGACGAGAUUGCUUAUGGGCUAUUGCAAUCUGGGGUGUCCUUUUUGUGGGUUAUGAAGCCACCUCACAAGGAUGCUGGCUUAGAACUCCUUGUUCUUCCAGAUGGGUUUCUCGAGAAAGCUGGGGACAAUGGCAGGGUGGUCCAAUGGAGCCCACAAGAGCAAGUGUUGGCACACCCAUCAGUUGCUUGCUUUGUGACACACUGUGGUUGGAACUCAACCAUGGAGUCACUCACUUCAGGCAUGCCUGUAGUGGCUUUCCCACAAUGGGGUGACCAAGUCACAGACGCUGUGUACUUAGUUGAUGUGUUCAAAACCGGAGUGAGAAUGUGCCGUGGUGAAGCCGAGAACAGAGUGAUCACUAGGGAUGAAGUUGAAAAAUGCUUGUUGGAAGCUACUGUUGGGCCUAAGGCAGUGGAGAUGAAGCAAAACGCUUUGAAGUGGAAGGCUGCGGCGGAGGCGGCGUUUUCAGAAGGUGGCUCCUCCGAUCGGAACAUACAAGCCUUUGUGGACGAGGUGAGAGCAAGAAGUGUGGCUAUUACUGGUAAGUCAACAGCAAAUGGGGUUGCUUUGGAUUUGGCAGAGAAGUCAGCAGAAAUCAAUGGAAAGGUAGAUUUGGUUGAAACAAAGACAAAUGGAAAGGUAGAAUUGGUGGAGGCCUAGUCAAAAUGAAUAAUGACAUUAGAAAAAAAAAGAA